GUCAACAACGCGAUUCUCCACGCCGAAAACGAGGAGCUACGGGCUGAACUCAACCUCAUUCGAAAGCGCCCGAUCAAGUCUACAACACUAACUACACGAGAAGGUGAUGAGUGGCACGGCGGAGCUGUAUUCUACAGUCCCAGGAAGCUUGCCAGCGAGCGCGCGCGCAAGGCCGCAGAACUGGACGAAGCCGCGGAGCUACAACUCCAAAAGGCUCGCGAUAGAGAGAUCAAAGCGGCAGAAGCAGCUGAGAAAAAGCGCUCUCAAGAAGCUGCAAAGUUGGCUCGACAGCAAGCCAAAAUUGCUAAGGAUGCGGAGGAGCAACGGCAGC